AUGAUCCUGGCUGGAUUGCUCCUGGUGAAACUAAACAUCCCUUUCCCAGCCACUGGCAGCCAGAAACUUACUGAAGUGGGGGAUGGACGCAAUUUUGUACCCUUUAGGAGGAGUACGGCCACAGAAGUUGCUGCUAACAGUCUGAGCGAGGUCAAAGGAUUCAAUGCCAUGAAGCAGGGUGUCCCGACCCAUGGCUGUGUCUAUCAGCAGCUGAGUAAGCAUUCCUGUCACAAACCAAGGAGGACUAGAGAAAGAAAGGGCAAAUCUGUUUGGGGUUGCAUUGUGGAUGCCAAUCUCAGUGCUCUCAACUUCAUCAUCGCAAAAAAGGGUGAGAAGCAUAUUUCUAGACUCACCGAUAUGACUGUGCCUCAUUGUCUGGAGCCUAAAAUAGCUAGCAGAACCCACAAAAUUUUCAAUCUCUAAAAAAGAUGUCCACAGUACGUUGUAAUAAAGCCCCUAAACAAAGAAGAUGAGACACCUAGAACCAAAGCGCCCAAAAUUCAGGGUCUUGUUACUACACAUGUCCCCCAACACAAACAUCAACAUAUUGCUUUGAAGAAAGAGCGUACUAAGAAAAUGAAGGAAGAGACCGCAGAAUAUGCUAAACUUUUGGCCCAGCGCAUGAUGGAGGCCAAAGAAAAACGCCAGGAACAGAUUUCCAAGAGACAGAGACUGACUGUUUUCUUGAGUGUUUGCAGAGAUCUACUAGGUGAUGACAAAGAAGGAGGAAAAGACAACGAAGGAAGUAAAGAGAUGGAAGAAGCAGCGCUUAAGCUCCUGCAAUACAGCAAACACGUCCCAGAGUCGGGCAGGAGAACUAAACCCGUCCUCAAAGUCGCGGCGCCCUCUGCAGCCAACUCGAGCGCCUGGAGAGUCAGCUCCAGGAGCGGGGCUCCGCCCGCGCACCGACCCCCGGAGACCCCCUCGGGGUCACAAAUCACCACCGUCACCGAGCCCUGCGGGCGCCUCGCUGGAGCCACGCCCAGACUCGCGAGAGUAGGAACAGCGGUCUCAAAGGGCUCCACGGAACGGAACUUCCUACGUCUAGUGUUCCUACACGGAAGGAUCUUAAUUCACCGGAAUCGAUUGGCGUUCAAGGGCAAAAGCGAAGAGGGAGGUCCUCUUAAGGUGACUAAGCCUACCGGACGGAGCGGAAGUCCUUGUUCACACGCCGCGCGGAAAGGAUCCUGGGGGCCGGAAGGAGGUGGAAACUCCUGCCGCGGAGCAAUUCGCGGGCGAGCUGGCCUGGGAGGAGAGCGCGUGGCUGUUGGAAAAGGCGUGUUGCUGGAGCGCGUGGCGGUUCGCGGCGGUCGGAGGUUACCGAAGGCCUGA